CACACACACACACACACACACACACUCCCACCCGCAGACAUGUCACACUCUGAGACCUGAGGCGUGAGAGAACUACCUGUCCUGUGCUCUUGGCUGGAUGUUUUGGAGGAACAGUGCGUUUUGCAGAAGAAGAGUGGGGGGGAUUGUUAUGUGGCUCAGGUUUGAGGGGGUGUUGUGUGGAAGUAAAAGCAAAGAUGUUCAGCAGGAGACCAGAGCUAAAUAGUGGCAAGCUGAUUUGUGGGUAGAGCUGAGCUCACCGCUCGGGGAAGUGACAGAAAGCUUUUUUUUUUCCUUGUUGCAACUUCUUCCCAAAAGCACAAGAGAAUCAGACACUGCAAGUAUAUUUUCUAGAUGGGACCAUGGUUAUGUUGAAGAUCUCUGCUUUCCUCGUUGCCUACGCCCUGGUCAUUUGCCAGAUGUACUGCUCACAAGCCGCCCCUGCCAGACCGGGUUUAGAGUCCAUGUCAGACCGAGUCACGCUCACGGACUACGAGGCGCGAAGGUUACUCAACGCCAUCGUGAAGGAGUUUGUGCAGAUGACAGCGGAGGAGCUUGAGCAGCAGGCAACUGAAGGAAACAGCAUGGACAGGCCCCUAACCAAGCGCUGCUCCAACCUCAGCACCUGUGUGUUGGGCAAACUGUCUCAGGAGCUGCACAAGUUGCAGACGUUCCCUCGCACGAACGUGGGAGCAGGAACGCCCGGCAAGAAGCGCAGUGCGCCUGAGAGUGACAGCUAUGCAAGCUACGGCGAGACGUUUGACAGCAUCUAACCCCUCCUCAUCCUCCCUCAGCCCCUCUUCUACCUUUACCACGUCUACUCCUCCUCCUUCCUCUCCCUUUCCUUUUCUUUCCCCUUUCCUCUCCUGUCCUCUAACUCUCCUCAUCCAAGUUUCUUCCUUAUCAUUUUUUUUCAAUUGGCAAGUGCAUGUUGAUUUUACCUGCUUGACAUGAGAAGAAUAUGACCUUUAACUGCAACCAACUUUUCCGUUCUUUCUCUUGUCCCCCCUCCUCCUUUUUUUUUGGCAGAGAAUAAUUUGUCCUAUCAUUUCAGACAAUCAAACUUAGUUUUCAUAAAUGUAAUUCAGGAGCCGGUUCAGACAUCCAUCUUUGUGUACUGUGCAUGGAGUCAUUUGAUGGUAAUUCAAAGCCCCUGAAAUUUAAGAGUUGAGAGAGAUCACUUAAUUGAACCAUUAAUAAAUGAUCCACUCAUGCGACACCAUGUUUGUUGUUCAAUAAACGUAUUUUUCUACCAGGAAGCCUUAGCUCAUUUUCAUUCUUAGGGAUGCUUUAAAACAGUCAGUAGGUACCUAAUGGUCAUAAAUAGGGUUUUAGUGCUUUUGAAAUUAUCUCUGAAUCUCUCAUCAAGUCCAAAGGUAAGAAAAUGUCAAACUAUGGAAAAUAUACGAUCAAACUCUGCAUGCUUGAUGUAUAUUUUUAACCUCUAUGUCAUAUCAUCAUGUUUUUCUGUGCUGUGAAGUUAACAUUGAUCAGUGUCAUACCAGAUCACAGCGAUAACCCCUUGUUUGUUCUC